CUUGCAGAUGUGGCCGGAAGCCGUGGAUUGCCUCAUUGCGGCUGACCGCAAGCGAGACGCAAUCGACCUCAUUCACGAGCAGCUGCGUCGCUUUCAGAUCGAAGCUGAGGACCAAGAAACAGAUAAAAAUGGUAGCUUGAAGUCCUCCGAUAACGCAAGUGGAGGUGCCAAUAGCAAGUCCUCGUCAGUACUACAAAACGAUCAGCCGGAGCAAGCAGAGCAGCUGAGCGUGGGAACGCAAUGUCGACUUCUGUGCUGUUUGGGCGAUAUCGCGGAAGACAUGUGCGAAGAGACCUUGCAAGAGUACGGUCUUAAGUCUGGGGGUGCCGCAGCGUAUUACGAGGAGGCAUGGGAGCUGAAGCGGUACACACGCGCUGGCCGAUCACUUGGCUUUCUCUACUUUCGACAGGCGCUGGCCCAGCCGCUCGGCCCUGAGGAUCACAGACCCCAAACAAGUACGACUGGCGGGGUUGGUGCUGGUGGUUCUGCUGCCGCUGUGCCCCAAGCUGCUUCCCGAGGCCGCGCACCGCUGACGAAACGGGAAAUUUUGUUAGAGAAGGCAGAGCAGUUCUUCACACAGGCCUUGCGCCAAAAUCCUGCGCAUCCCAGUUGCUGGUUCUCUCUUGGCUGCGUGCAAAUGCGUCGUCGCGACUAUCGCCUGGCGGCGUCGAGCUUCUUGCGCAGCGGAGAGUUCCGUCACUGCAAUGCCGAAAGCGGGGAGGACGAACAGGGCGCUGAGUGUUUCGGAAACUUAGCUGCUUGCUACAGCUACUUACAGGAUUACAAAGAAGCGCGAACUGCCAUUGCGGAAGCGUGUCGGCGAUCCAUGUACAACUUCCGUCUGUGGCAAAGCAAUCUUUCCAUCCAUUUGUACCUACGUGACGUCGCCGGCUGUUGCCGCGCACUGCGUAAACUCACGGUGGACCUCAAGAAAGAAAUUGACACACCGGUUUUGGGUCUUCUCGUGCAGCACGUGCUGGACGACGAAGAAACUGGCGAAAUAGACACUAGUUGUUCACAAUCGCAUGAGACUGCUUCUAUUAAAAACGAAGCUCUGCCAUCUGUUGUAGAUGCACAAGCCAGGUCUCAACAGACAGUGACGGUCGAAGAGGAAAUCGAUGAGGAAGUAGCUGCCCUUUUGGAGGACCAGGACUUCGACUUCUUAAACUUGAACACAAGUAGUUCUCAAGGUGCCAUCAGCAACCUUUUUACAUCCACGCUUCCAUCGACAUCUACUAGUACAGGAGAUGUUGGCGCAACAAGUGCACGUUACACCGCUCCAUCUGCAGCUACGGAUACCCUCGUUGAUCACGAGCAGUCUAAGGCAAAACAAGCCCAGCAGAGGGAGGCACAAGUAAAACGAAAGAGGGAGGAACGCAAACAGUUGAUGGACACGAUCGCCGAACUGACGAAAGCGACACCAAAUGUCGAAGCGACGGUGUGGAAGAUCCUAGGACUGCUUCAAGUAGGCGAAUGUUUGACUCGUGAAGCUUUCGACACCAGAAUGAAAGAGUUCCGUCAGCUCAAUAGCGGCUUGUGGAUGAAUGUGGAGACACAGAUGGUAUACUCUUGGGUUGAAGAUGAAACACAAAAACAAAACGCAACAGUUAUCUAUAUCUAGCUUCUAGGAAGAACUUGAACUUCGACUCGCGUUAAUCUUAGUGUCAACAUCGAACUCAUUUUAAUAUCGGCAUUCCUUUAUAAUCGAUGACUUCUACUUCGCACACACAGGUGACGCUGCAGAAGAGCAAGCAAAAAAAGGAAACUUCUGGUCCCGGUGACACGGUAUUCGGCCGACGCCUGCGCGAGCUAGCUGAAAAUCUCGCAGCACUAAGUACUCUUGCUCCACAAGGAAAAGACAUUCGCAGCCUUCAGUUUUCUGUACGCAAUGUAAUGCGAAAGCUUUCGGCGAAAAUCGACGACACCGCGACAGUCACUUCCGAUUGGCGAUCGUUCAUGAAACAAAUCUACGACGACCUCGCAGGCACAGUUAUGGAAACAUUGGAGGCGCGUUCAAAAUCGUUGGAAGCAGCAACUUCCGGUGGGGCGUAGAUGACAGGUUCUUGUUGAAAAUUGACACGGACGUACUGCUCUUGCUAAAAAUAAUGAUUUAUAUUAUGGCUAGAAGACAAAGGCGAAGCAGGUCAUGCAAGAUGAUCACAAAAUUAGCUGGUGAAUAGCAAUAGCCACUUCGGCGCAGGGUCAUCGAUGCGUCACUUUCGAGACGGUGAAACGACGCACCACAAGCAUAUUGUCCUCUUUUUUUCUGCGCUACCUUUUUAUAACAGCUUUUACCAUCUGACUCGGCACAGCACGACGG